UCCAGAUAUAAACACAGAGCUGCUCUCUGUCCUCGCUGCGCUUCUCGGUCUCCUCACAACCAGCAGGCACUUUGCUCCAGGACCCGAAACACAGAAAACACUGAAGAAGAAAAACAGGAGGGGACCAUCUCUGGCACUUUCCCCAGGAUGGAGAAGGAGUCUCCAUCCAAGCCAUCUGUGGCUGAACUGGCUGGAAGGUUCAAAGGUCAUAUUCUACCAAUGCCCACCUCAAACGAUGAGUUGUCAUUUCGAAGAAGACCUCCAUGUUCUCUGAAGCUGCAGCAUCAAAAAGAUGAUAAUGAAGAAUCAGAUAAAACUGCUGUCUCCUCAAAUCCCUUUAAGAUCAAGAUGAAGAACUCCCCCAUCAUUGAGAAACUGCAGGCCAACCUUGCUCUGUCUCCCACUGCUCUUCUGCCUUCGCCCAAGAGCCCAGAGGUGAAGCUGCAACCAGCACCUUUGUCCCCCACCACGCCCUGCAGCCCCCCGAGCCCCCUGAGCCCCACCCUGCGGACCUCACAGCUGUCCAGUGAGGAGGAGGAUCCCGUCAGCUUUGACAGCCCUCCUGAGGGCGCCCCACUGCCGAGCAUCAACAAGACCCGUGUGCGACUAUCAUUCAAGAGGCGCCCGCCCACGAGACAGCACAGGAGGUCAGCUGGAGAGGAGGCGGGAGCCUUCGGAAGCGGUCUGUCUACAUGUGAACUGUACAGCCCAAAAGAAAAUGGGGACAAGGACCAGGUUUUUGACAGCGCAGCAGAGGAAGCUGAAUGUGGGCAACUGGGCAGUCAGAAAGACAUUAAAGACAAGGACAUGGACUAUGGAAAGACACAGGACAACGUGGCAAAGAGUGACCCAGACAAUAAAGGAGAUCCAGAGGAGGAGCAGGAAGCAGAAGAAGCCCAGUGCUCAGAGGGUUUGGAGGAGGAACAGCAACCUUCAGAGCCUUGCCCUGCUGAUCAGAUAGAGGGCAAUAUUAAGAUGGAAGAUGAGCAGGAGCAGAUGUCUCAGGAGGCACGCCAAGGAGGAAAUGAUGCGGUGUGAACUGUGAAUGUUUACUUUAAGAAAAAAAAAAGAUAUAUAUAUAUAUAUGUAUAAGUUAUUCUGUGCUUUGAUUAAGAGAACUCUGAAAAAGAGUUCAUCUGUUUUAAAUUUCAUGGUACCUGCUCUGUUUUAAAUCCCUCUGUCGCCCUCUCCAGGCCGUAUAUAGAACAGGUCUAUAAACACUGGAGAGUUCUGAGAAGCAGCUGUUUUCUUGCACAUGGAAAUGAGCAUCACUGUUGAUACUGUAUCCAUGAUCAGAGGAAAUUUCAUUCAUGUUGUACCAAGUCUGCAUGACCAGACAAGUCAAAGACAUUGUUAACAGUGCACUUCCGAGUCUCUGUCACACACAGAGAGAUUUGAAAAUACUGAAUGCUGGGUUGACAACAGGCAAAAAUAAUAUUAGAUUUCAUAUAUAUGUUAGCAGAUACAUAAACGUCCUGGCAUCAACUAAAUCACUGUCACUUUAGGUUGAAAUUAUAUACUUUGCUUUAUUUUUUUUUUGAUGUAUGUUGGGCGACAUCUCUGCUUGUCUUCUAUUUUGUAUACUACAAAAUAUCUAAAUCACAGUGCUACUGUGGAGUGGCUCAGGUCCUCAGAUUAUGCAUAGAAAUAUUAAGAAAAUAAACAGCUUCCUUCUUACAUAAAGAAAACUUUGUUACAUG